AUGAAAUUAUUAUUAUCAACUUUAAUUUUACUUUUAUCAAAUAACUAUCUUCCUCAAGUAUUAUCUUGUGAUAGUCAUGAAGGUAGUGGUAGCCAUAGUAGUAGUGAUAGUAUUGGUUUACCACCAAUUUGUAUUGAUUAUCAAUGUGAUGCUCCUGUUAAUGCACCCUGUUCAUUUGAUUUAACAAAAGUCGACAUGUGUGAACAAGGCUUCUUUUGUAUGCCUGUUUGGGCUAACAGUGGCAGCCAAAGUGGUAGUCAAAGUGGUAGCCAAAGUGGUAAUAGUAGCCAAAGUGUAGACUCAAGCCAAAGUGGUAGCCAAAGUGCAAGCUCAAGCCAAAGUGGUAGCCAAAGUGAAAGCUCAAGCCAAAGUGGCAGUCAAAGUGCAAGCUCAAGCCAAAGUGGUAGUCAAAGUGAAAGCUCAAGCCAAAGUGGUAGUCAAAGUGCAAGUUCAAGCCAAAGUGGUAGUCAAAGUGAAAGCUCUAGCCAAAGUAGCGGUUCAAGUUCAAGUGGAUUCCCAAAUUUUGGUGAAGCCACUUGUGUUCCAAAGGUAAAUGUUGGUGGUAGUUGUACUGUUGUGUUUGGAAAAAUUUCAAAUUGUUUUGAAGAUUUAAUUUGUGUCAAUGGUACAUGUCAAGAAGAUAAAAAAGGAACUUUAAAUUUUGGCCAAGAUUGUGAAUCCAAUGAUGAUUGUGCAAGUGGUAAUUGUAAAGAUGAUAAAUGUUCAUCACCAACCAUUUGUAUCGAUGGUGUUUAUGAUACAACUGCUUGCUCAUUCGGUCAAUAUUAUCGUUGUGAUUCUUCAUUACCAAAUCAAGGUGAAUGUGUUGAAUGGUUAGAGGAAGGUGAUGAAUGUGAUUCAAGUUUCCAAUGUUCUUAUGAUAUGAUAUGUUCUGUUAACCCAACUGAUGAUGACUCUGAUAGUUCAUUUGAUUCUAGUUCAAAUUCUAAUUCUGGCUCAAACUCUAACUCUGGUUCAAACUCAAAUUCUAAUUCUGGUUCAAACUCUAACUCCAAUUCUGGUUCAAACUCCAACUCUAACUCUGGUUCAAACUCUACAUCCGAUAGUGGUUCAAACUCUAAUUCUGGUUCAAACUCCAACUCUAACUCUGGUUCAAACUCCAACUCUAACUCUGGUUCAAACUCCAACUCCAACUCUGGUUCAAACUCUACAUCCGACAGUGGAUCAAACAAUAGUAAUAACAGUGACAAUUCUAAUUCAUUACUCCGUGAUGCUCAAAGUGGAAGUAACUCAAUGUCAGAAAGUGGAUCAUCUGCAUCAUCUAAUUCCUCCUCAUCAGAUUCAUCAGCCUCAGGCUCUUCAUCUGCAUCAGGUUCUUCAUCAGCCUCUGGUUCUUCAUCAGCCUCUGGUUCUUCAUCAGCUUCUGGUUCUUCAUCAGCUUCUGGCUCUUCAUCAGCUUCUGGUUCUUCAACAUCUUCAUCAUCAAGUGGUCCAGGUAAAAGAGUUAAAUACUGUAGAAGACAAUUCACAAAGAAAGAAGGUGAACAUUGUUCAUUAUAUAAUCCAACUCCAUUAAAAAUUAAAGAAAAUGCAACUCUUACAAGUUACAGCAAUUUAUUAAAUAGAAUGGAUUGUGACUUAACUCAAGGAUUAGUUUGUGAUUACAAUGGUGUUUGUAAUAAAUUAAUCACUGGUGCUGAUUGUUCAAAUGAUGUAACAGUAUGUAGCUUAGAUUAUGAAAAAUGUAUUUGUGAUAAAUCAUCAUCUUCUGCUUCAUCAUCUUCUGCUUCAUCUUCUAUCUCUUCAUCUUCUGCUUCAAAUUCUUCCUCAUCAUCAAAUUCUGGAUCAAAUUCAACUGCAUCAUCAUCAAAUGGUGAUCUAUCAUCAAGUGCAUCAAAUUCAAACUCUACUGAUUUGCUUUCAAGUGGAUCGAAUUCAACUGCAUCAUCAUCAUCAUCACCAUCAUCAUCUAGUGGUGAUUUAUCUUCAAGUGGUUCUAAUAGUGGAUCAAAUUCAACAUCAUCAUCAACAAGUGGCAGUGAAAUUUCAACAGCCAAAUGUGUCCCAAUUGCUAAUUACAAUUUACAAUGUCAAGAAAGUUUAACUAAAAUUACUCAAUGUGCACUUGAUAAUGAAUGUAAUCUUGGUGUACCAUUAACAAAUGGUAGUUGUAUGGUUGAAAACUGUAUUCAAUUCAUUUGUGAAAGUCCAUGUUUCGCAACUCCACUCACUUGUACAAAGAAUGAUAUUUGUAGAUUCUAUUAUGGUGGUUCUUCAUCAGCUUCAUCAACUACCUCUUCAAACUCAACAUCAUCAUUUGACUCAUCCUCAAAUUCCACUGAUUCAAGUUCAUCAUUCUUUUUAACACCUUCUUUUUCUUUAAUCGUUUUCAUCUCAUCUUUAAUCAUUUUAACUUUUUCAUUAUAA